UGUAAGAGAGUGUGAUUUGUAGACGGUCCCUUAGCUCAGCUACAGUAUGGCGCGUCUGACUGUGUGUGAACAUCAGAGCUCAACAUACAACAUCUGAUCUGAUCUCAGAUCUGCAUCAGAUAUCAAACACAAACACACACACACACACACACACACGGGUCAGGAUGGAGCACACGCCCGAGAAACACAGCAAAGAAGUGGAUAUUUAUCGGGACACAUGGGUGAGAUUUCUAGGCUAUGCUAACGAGGUGGGCGAGGCGUUUCGCGCAUUGGUGCCGGUCAGUGCGGUGUGGGCCAGUUACGCCGUGGCCACUGCAUACGUGUCUGCUGACGCGCUGGACAAAGGCAGGAAAGCAGCUGCGGCUCACGCUGAGGAUCAUGGAAAGGCGGGGCGGGUGGCCGUCGCUGUGGUCGACACGUUCGUCUGGCAGGCUUUGGCUUCAGUGGCCAUUCCUGGAUUCACAAUCAACCGCGUUUGUGCUACGUCGCUCUUCCUGCUGGGAAAAACCACACGCUGGCCACUUCCUGUGCGCAACAGCAUUGAUGAUUAUUACCAAAAUAAUUUUAUAUGUUUCGGUACAGUUACUCCAUUUCAACCUCAGCCCUGCUUCCUGAAAUCUAUCCAAUACUCUAGCAAGAGUUUGGAGAUGCUCUUCAUCAUUACGGCUGGUUACCAGGAUAUCAUCAAGGAAAACUGCCACAUGCGGAAGACCUUGCAGUACCCCCUCAAUGGUUCGUUGGAAGAUGGCGGGGCUAGAAGAGACUCCAAAAGGUGUUUUAUUUCAACUUCAACCUUUGCCUUCAUUGCAUAA